UCGUGGAUCCUCUGGGGAGCCUCUACAACAUCCUGAUGCUGAUGAGUCAGAGAAGAGUCUCUCCAGAUCAGAACACCAGAUGGACAACGCUAGCACUUCUGUCCUACUGAAGUCCCCGUGUCGUGCCUCUCCCGGUAGCACCUUACUGCUGGGUAUGAAGAGGUUGUCUGUGCUGCUGGUGGACUGCAGGAAAACAACGGUGCUGAGUGGAACUGUGAGAGGAGGAGAAGAGAAGAAAGGAUCAGAUUUGACUCAUCAAAGAGAAAGAACAAACUCAGAGGAACCAGAGCCAGGGACGUCCAAACCAGCAAGACGACACCAGUGUUCCCACUGUGGAAAGUGUUUUAACCAGUUUGGGGACCUGAAACGACAUGAGAGAAUACACACAGGGGAGAAGCCUUACCACUGCUCCCAGUGUGGAAAGGGUUGUUACCUCUUAUGGGAGCUUAAACAACACGAGAAAAUACACACAGGGAGAAGCCUUACCACUGCUCCCAGUGUGGAAAGAGUAUUAACCAGAAAAGCUACCUGAAAAAACAUGAGAGAAUACACACAGGGGAGAAGCCUUUUCACUGCUCCCAGUGUGGAAAGUGUUUUAACCAGUUAGGGGACCUAAAACGACAUGAGAGAAUACACACAGGGGAGAAUCCUUACCAAUGCUCACAGUGUGGAAAGAGUUUUAACCAGAAAAACUACCUGAAAAAACAUGAGAGAAUACACACAGGGGGGAAGCCUUACCACUGCUCCCAGUGUGGAAAGUGUUUCAACCAGUUAAGGGACCUAAAACGACAUGAGAGAAUACACAAGGGAGAAUCCUUACCACUGCUCACAGUGUGGAAAGCGUUUUACCCACUUACAUAACCUGAAAACACAUGAGCUAAAACACAGGUGGUGAAGCCUUACCACUGCUCCCAGGGUGCAAAGGUUUUGCAUUUUAGGAAGCCUGAAAGAACACAUGAGAGCACACAGGAGGAGAAGGCUUAGAAAAGCUCAGACUGCGGGAAAACAUAUUACUCAUCAUAGUCACUUAAAGGUCAUUAGAGAAUCCACACAGGAGAGAGAAAUUACUUCUCUUAGCGUGUAUAUUGAUAUUUCACAUCUCAUUGACUUAAAAUUCAUCAGAGAACAUACACCGUGCUCCCGUUGUCUUAUAUUGUUGACUGGUAAUUUUUUUACCUGUUUAUACCAUAUGAAAUUGAAUUGUACAAAGUAUACUCAAACAUAUAUUUGUAUGUUUUUAUUAGAAAACAUGAAUUGAAUAUGGAGUCUGUCAGUUUGAAUAUAGAGUAGGUCAGAUUUCAUGUGUUUAAAUGGUCCUUUUUUAACUUUUACUGCCUCAGAAACCCGGAUCCGGGAUCACCCCCCACCCCCCCACACUGAUUAGCAUCACUAGCAUAGCGUCACAUUUAAAUAGUAGCAUCUAAAUAUCAUUAAAUCACAAGUCCAAGACACCAAAUGAAAGAUACAGAUCUUGUGAAUAAAGUCACCAUUUCAGAUUUUUAAAAUGUUUUACAGGGAAGACAAAAUAUGUAAAUCUAUUAGCUAACCAUGUUAGCAAAAGACACCCUUUUUCUUUGUCCACCAUUUUUUCUCAACACCAGUAGCUAUCACCAAUUCGGCUAAACUAAGAUAUUGAUAGCCACUAACCAAGAAAAAACCUCAUCAGAUGACAGUCUGAUAACAUAUUUAUGGUAUAGGAUAGGUUUUGUUAGAAAAAUGCAUAUUUCAGGUAUAAAUCAUAGUUUGCCAUUGCAGCCACCAACACAAAUCUCACCAAAGCGACUAGAAUUACUACAGAGAGCAACGUGUAUGACCAAUUUACUCAUCAUAAAACAUUUCAUAAAAAUAGACAAAGCAUAGCAAUGGAAAGACACAGAUCUUGUGAUUUCAGACAAUAUUUCAGAUUUUCUAAGCGUUUUACAGCGAAAACACAAUAAAUCGAUAAGUUAGCAUACCACAUGUGCAAACAUUACCAGAGCAUCGAUUCAAGCCAAAGAGAGCGAUAACGUAAUCAUCACCAAAAUAUAUAAAUUUUUUCACUAACCUUCUCAGAAUUCUUCCGUUGACACUCCUGUAACAUCAUAUUACAACAUACAUAUAUUGUUUGUUCGAAAAUGUGCAUAUUUAGCCAUAAAAAAACGUGGUUAUACAAUGAAAAUAGUAGCAAAUCAAGCCUCAACAUGUCGGACGCCAUCUUUCAUAGUGAUCUAGUUUAAUCGAAAGCUAAUCAUAUACUUGACUAAAAAAUACAGGGUUGACAGGAAUCGAAAGACAAAUUAGUUCUUAAUGCAAUCGCUGAUUUACAUUUCUAAAAUUAUCCUUACUGUGCAAUACAGGGUUCGCCAAGCGAAGCUAUAGCAAACAAAAUGGCGGAUUAUGCGUUUAAAAUAUUUCGACAGAACAACGAUUUAUCAUAUUAAAUAUUUCUUACUAUGAGGUGAUUUUCCAUCAGAUUCUUGGGCAAUGUAUCCUUUCUUGGGUCUAAUCUUCUUUUGGUCGAAAGAUGUCCUCUGUCCGUCGAAAUGCCCACUAACGUUCGACCGGGACCCCGAAACGUGCCCAAAGCUUCAAAGAGCAUCACAUAUAAAUUCCUCAAAAUCGCACUAAACGGAUAUAAAUUGCUAUAAAACGGUUUAAAUUAACUACGUUAUGAUGUUUCUAACUCCUACAUCGAAUUAAAUUACAGACGGAUACAUUUCACGUUGAUAACCGAGCCUCUGAAAAUGGCAUCCCGAGGUCCUCUUCUGCGUAAUGGCAAGAGUCGAAAGGGGGGCUACCCUCACUCCUUGGCCUUUUAUAACCUCUGAGAGCUACGCAGAAAGCCCAUUCCACUUCUCAUUGGUUACUGACAUCCAGGGGAAGGCGGGUGCAGUUCAUGUCGUUCCAUAGGAUAUACACAGACUUUUAAAACUGAUCUGAAAUCAGAGCUUCGCUCUCAGACCAUCGCAGUACCUGUCAUGGAUUUCGCUGUAGAAAGAGUUCUGGGUCACCCACAGACAAAAUUCCAACGGCUAUAGAAACUAGAGAGUGUUUUCUAUCCAAUAGAAUUAAUAAUAUGCAUAUUGUACGAUCAAGAAUUGAGCACGAGGCAGUUUAAUUUGGCGACACCCGGAAAAAAAAAUGCUAACUGCUCCCCCUAUUGACAAAAUUAAACUCUGUGUUUGUGUUUAUCUGGGUGUCUUUCCUCCAGCACUACAGAUAAUCAAGUGAUAUUUGGAUGUGAUGCAUUUGUUCCAUUGUUUACAUUUGCAUUGUUGGUCCACUGAUGAUUUAAUGAAAUUAAAAUGUUCACAGACUGUUAAUUGUAUGUGUCCACAUAACUGAGUAUGUGACUAACCUUGUGAAACUGACCUAUUAUAAUCUCCUGUUCCUGGGAGUAUCAUCCUGUGUUGCAAACCAGCUGCACCUGUGUCCUUGUAUGAAUAAAGUCCCGCCCAGGAACAGGAAACUAUAAAGAUAUG